AAAACCUAAGCAGUUCCUGAAAUAAAACAAUUCCUUCGUCUGUGACGGCGCCACUUCGUCAUUUCUCCAUCUUCUUCUCGCCGUCUCCUCCUCCGUUUCAGCAACUCAUUGUCGCCGCCCCUCUCCCCCGUUCACUGCCACCGCUGUCUUUCUUCGUUCGUGACGUUAUAGCCUCCCUUUCCCUUACCGGUUCUGCACCCAUUUUCUACUCCAUUUUUGUUACGGGCAUGGAUAACAAUUCCGUUGGGAACUCAGAAAUGGUGACUGAAGCUGGAUGGUAUAUUCUUGGUGAAAAUCAGCAACAUGUUGGUCCAUAUGCAUUUUCUGAAUUGCGUGAGCAUUUUCUAAAUGGGUAUCUCCUGGAGAGUACACUGGCCUGGUCUGAAGGACAAAGUGAAUGGCAGCCAUUAUCGUCCAUUCCUGGGUUGACAACAAAAGUAUAUGAACAAGACUCUAAUUUGUCAACUGCAGUCCCUGCCAACAACAAUGAGGAUGAUGAGCUUGAGAAAUAUCAGAAAGAAGUUGGAGAAACAGAAGCCACAGCAGAAGUGUCUGGUCCUUCUGGCAGCAGGAAUUUUGGUAUGGUGGAAGGUGAUCUUGAGAGACCUACUACACCACCAGAGGGUGAGGAGGAAUUCACUGAUGAUGAUGGGACUACAUACAAGUGGGACAGGGUUCUUAGGGCUUGGGUACCUCAGGAUGAUGCAUUUUUUAAACACGAACAAUAUCGGCCUGAAGAUAUGACUUUCAUGCAAGAGGAAGAAGUAUUUCCACAACUUGAAGCAGAUGCUCCAUGCACCUCCAUCAAGGAAGAAGGUGAUUCUGUUCCUUCCACCUCCGUUGAGGCAGAUCAUGUCACAAAAGAAACUAACGGAAAAAGUGAGGAGAUUGAAACCAAAAAGAAUGUGAAGAGAAAAUUGUCUGGCAAUCAAGUUGAAAAAAAGGAAGCAAAUAAAGGUCCUGAUGGUUGGUUUGAACUAAAAAUAAAUACACACGUUUAUGUAACAGGGUUGCCAGAGGAUGUUACUAUAGAUGAAGUUGUGGAAGUUUUUUCGAAGUGUGGAAUAAUAAAGGAGGAUCCUGAAACCAAAAAACCUCGUGUUAAGUUGUAUGUUGAUAGGGAGACGGGGAAGAAGAAAGGCGAUGCUUUAGUCUCCUAUAUGAAGGAACCUUCUGUUGCGCUGGCUAUGCAAAUUUUGGAUGGCACACCUCUUCGUCCAGGUGGAAAAAUGCUAAUGUCUGUUACUCAAGCUAAGUUUGAACAAAAAGGGGAUAAAUUUGUAUCCAAAAAAGUAGACAACAAGAAGAAAAAGAAGCUUAAAAAGGUUGAAGAUAAGAUACUUGGCUGGGGUGGCCGAGAUGAUGCAAAAGUUUCAAUUCCUGCAACUGUUAUUCUCCGUUUUAUGUUCACACCUGCUGAAAUGAGGGCUGAUGAGAAUUUAGCUUCAGAAAUCGAAACAGAUGUCAAGGAGGAAAGCACAAAAUUUGGUCCUGUGGAUUCAGUUAAGGUUUGUGAAAACCAUCCACAAGGUGUGGUUCUAAUAAGAUUCAAGGAUAGAAGGGAUGCGCAGAAAUGUAUAGAGUUGAUGAAUGGCAGAUGGUUUGGAGGAAGACAAAUUCAUGCAAGCGAGGACGAUGGUUUAGUCAACCAUGCUAUGGUGAGGGAUCUUGAAGCGGAUGCUGCUCGCUUGGAGCAGUUUGGUUCUGAACUAGAGGCUGACUAACUCACUUCCUCUAUUUGCCUCUAAAAUACUCGAUACUUAGUUAAAUUUUUAUAAUUAAACACUACAUGUCUGUAUGAAAACACUUACCUUUUUGUACAUUAUUAUACUCACAUUAAUAUGCCCUUCCUAAUGCUGCACCUAUAACUCCUCACCUGCUGUAAAGGAAAUUUUUUCCCCAUGUAGAUUUGUUUUCUAUUUAUCUAUCUAUUUAUGAAAUAGGGGGAAAAACAAGAUUGUUCUUACCCUAACAUUUAGGUUCAA